AUGAUCAAAAGGAAAAGAAAACUCAAGAAGUCCAAGGACAAAGACGCACAGGCUGUUGCUGAAAGUCUCAUCGUCUCCAGCAAUGACGCCGUGCCCCUUACUGACUACGACUAUGAGAAUGAUCUACGGCCUGAGUUUUCGUACCUGCUAACUCGGAGAGCUAGACCAUAUACAGAAGACUGCUGCUAUCUCCUCGUCGGAGAGAGCUGCAUUCGCUAUACAGUGCCAACUCAUCACCUGAAAAAGUCCCCGUAUUUGAGCUUCCGAGCACCGGAAAGUCUUUUAAAGUCUUAUCGAGACUCUCGAAUGAUUGAAGUGCCAGAAUUGGAUGAGGAUAUCGGACACACACUAGUGCACUUCCUGUACACCGAUGAAUAUCAGACGCUGAAGUAUCCGAUUUCAUCGAAAGCUGAAACCAAGGCAACUGAAUACAGGAGAAGCAUCCUUGUAUAUCAGGCUGCUAGCGCAUGCGGAUUGCCUCUCCUAUUGGAGCGUGCAAAGGAGCGCAUAAACGAAUUUGACAAUGCAGUAUCGAUCUUCGAAGCCCUGGAUAUUGCGAAACUCGUAUACGAGAAGCUCCAAGAUGGUGACAAGGAGUGGUUUUGUGGUUACAUCAGACGAAAACUCGAGAAUGCGUUUGAUGCCGAUGAGACAUUGUUUGCCCAAGACCAAUUCAGAGGGUAUAUCGGCGAGGCUCCCACGUUUAGCCGGAUGCUGGUGAAGCUCCUAGUCGAGAUAUACAGUGACAGACUCUCAAGAACGCGCAUCAAGAACGGCCAGCGCGGGACAGAUGGGAUUGAGCAACCAGCUUGCAAUGAGCUGGCGGAAGAGAUUUCAGUACCUGACGGCCCUGACCCAGAACCGGAGGAGGUUAAGGCGCUCGAGUACCCUGAGCCAGAACUGGAGGAAGUUAAUGUGCUCGACGAGUGCCCUGAGCCAGAACUGGAGGAAGUUAAUGGGCUCGAGUACCUUGAGUCAGUCCCCUAG